UCGGGGUGCCGAUUCCGGCCGCGAGAUUUCUGAUCAGGAUUGUUAAAAUGAGUCUGCGGAAGCAAACACCCAGUGACUUCCUGAAGCAAAUCAUUGGACGACCAGUUGUGGUAAAAUUAAAUUCUGGAGUGGAUUACCGAGGGGUCCUGGCUUGCCUGGAUGGCUAUAUGAAUAUAGCCUUGGAGCAGACAGAGGAGUAUGUAAAUGGACAGCUGAAGAAUAAGUACGGGGAUGCAUUUAUCCGAGGAAACAAUGUGUUGUACAUAAGUACACAGAAGAGGAGGAUGUGAAGACACCGAGAGUACCAUACUUUUCACACUUGGAUAUGUUUUUUAUUAAGUUUUUUGGUUCUUCUGUCAUAUAAUUUGUCCUAUUUUGUCAUAGUUGGUGAUUUUUCACUGACAUGUGAGUGAGAUAAAUGUAUAAAAUUGUGGAUUUAA